UGCUGUGCUUGCUGUGCUGCGCUGUGGUAUCAUCAGCUUUGAGCCAAUUCGCGAGCCGUUAAACUCCUCUCUUUUAUCUCAACCUGCGGCCACGACGACGACGAGAAACCGGUUCAACUUCUUCUCGGGACAAACGAACUGUCAACGGUUUACUCACGACGACUAAAAAAAGAAACGACUUCGAUUGACAUCUUAGUCAUCACCUUCAGAGCGACCGACGGAUUUGCUCUGCUCUCAAAUCCAGAGGCCCAAACAAACAUCUGGGUCAACGCGUGUAUUGUGGCAAUCAAGCCUACUGACACGCAUCCCAUUGCUUACGACGACCUUCCACGAUUAACAUUACGACGAAACAUAUUCUCCAAGUGAGGUUUCAAACGGCCUCGUAAAUACCCAACGAUUGAACCAUCUCUCCUCCAGCCUGGUCACAUCUAGGCAACGACACCAUCGAUCUACCCCAUAUAACAACUUACAAAACUACAUCGUCCGACACUCAAACAUCCACCUUUAUUUCAAUAUGGCAGGCCAACACCCGCCCGCGGGCGAAUAUGGCGAGGAAUGGGCGCGAGACCUUCGAGUUCAGUUCGAGGGCUUGUUACGAGACAAGCGUAUGAACGACCUUCGAAACACAUCUCGACAAAGCUCCCCAAGCUUGGGAGAUCAAUCCCCUCACAUGCGAAGCUCGCCAUUUCCAUCCGAUAACCGACCCUCAGGAUCUCAAGGACCUGCUCUCCCAUCUUACGCCGCCCUUCGACAUCUUCCCAAGAUCCCGUCUCCUCCUGCUGCUGGUGAUCGUGAUUCUCAAAAGUUCAGAAACCUCCUUAUCAGCUUAUCAUUAACACCAACCAAAUACGAAAACCCUGGUCUGCUUGACGAGGCUUUGCAAACCAUUCCAUUGGACCGCAUCUAUGGUGAAGCCGAGGAAGAGACUCAGGUGUUGCAAGCUCAAGCUGAGAGCAUGGGCGAUGGACGAAAACCUGAGUGGGGUUAUCAAGAUUGUGUUAUUCGGGCAUUAUUAAGAUGGUUUAAGCGAUCAUUCUUUAGUUGGGUCAACAACCCACCAUGCCCAUCAUGCUUAUCUCCUACUAUCGCCCAAGGCAUGACUGCCCCUACACCUGAAGAGAGCGCUUGUGGUGCCCUUCGGGUUGAGUUGUAUCGAUGCUCUGCUCAGCACUGUGGAGCUUACGAACGCUUCCCUCGAUACGGUGAUGUUUGGCGGUUAUUACAAACUCGACGAGGACGAGUUGGCGAAUGGGCCAACUGCUUUAGCAUGCUCUGCCGAGCCGUCGGCGGCCGUGUUCGCUGGGUUUGGAACGCCGAAGACCACGUCUGGACCGAGGUGUACUCUGACCACCAGAAGCGAUGGGUUCAUGUGGACGCUUGUGAGGAAGCAUGGGACAACCCUCGUCUCUAUGCCGAGGGCUGGGGCAAGAAGAUGUCUUACUGCAUCGCCUUUUCUAUUGACGGCGCUACUGACGUUACUCGACGAUAUGUUCGCAAGAAUCAACACGCUUCUGAGCGUAAUCGAUGCCCCGAGGAGGUUCUUCUCUAUGUUAUGCAAGAGAUCAAGAACAUGCGUCGCUCCAACAUGAACAAGGACGAGCGCUUCCGAUUAGAGAAGGAAGACACCCGGGAGGAUAAGGAGCUUCGAGGCUACGUUGUAGCUUCGAUUGCACAGGCCGUGACCGAUCUGGUCCCCGGCUCCCCUGGUGGAUCGAACCACACAACCGCCAGUGGAAGCGAUACCAAGUUGCCUGCUGAGCAACCUGGCCGACAAACUGGCACUUCUGAGUGGUUGACUGCCCAACAACAACAAUCUCACAGUCGAUAUCAACAACCCCGCGAUCCUAGCCACCGACGACCCUUGCCUUGAGAGCUGCGCGCAUCUAUUGCGACUCUUUCAUAGGCACUGCAAACAAUCAGUGCGAAUAUGUAUUGCUACUUGAUUGAUGACCGUCACCACCAGUCAUUAUCACUCGCCAUGGGGACCGACUUUAUAAUACCCACACCCAUGGUUUACUACGAAUUAAAACCGAACACCUCGAUGAAAGUAUCACGGUCUCAACCACACGAUAUCCCAUGAUACCAUCCUUUCGAUGAUCUUACGGCCACAAACCAAUAUUCCCUUCAUGUCUAAUACUAUACAUCUUUGACAGCCAUAGCAUAGACUCGGCGUUGAACCAUUUCAAGGCAGCAGCCCUUUGACGGCCUGUGCCAGUAUCCACCAUACCAAACCAAUCUGUCUUUUCAUUUCUUUUGUUUUUUCUCUUUGUAUAGGGGGCGCAUAACGGUGGGGCAUACAUGUACCCUCAGGAGAGCAGGGACGGGUUGGUCUUUAGCUCUGGGGCGUUUGGCUGGGUUCCUUUUUUAGGCUAUCAUGAGCGAGUAUGAAGCCAGGCAAAAGAGAUGGAUCAGAUCAGUGGAUGAACAAGAUAGGAAAAAUCAAUGCCACAGUGCAAUCCUUUCUUUCCAAGUUGUUAUCUUUGUGCGCGAAUGUG